AUGAAAGUUCAGUUUUUGCUUCCUUUUAUGCUUAUAAGUGUUAUUAAUGCUCAACGAGGAUCAUACGCAGGUGUAAGGCCGAUUGAAAAUGGAAUAAAAGGACCUUUUCCAAGUCCACCGCCAACGAAUAUUAAUAAUCGCUUUGGUGACGACAGUAUUGGAAAUGGCUUACCAGUCGAUGCAUUAGGCGACUACAAUUUGGUUAAUAAAUUGAGUCAACUUCCUCUGAAUAAACAACCAUUUUGGCUUUUGAACUAUCAACAUAUUGAAGCUCAUCGUAAUCAACCACAAUUUACAGGACAAGCAAUAACAAAUCGAGGCUCUUUUACGGGUCGUUAA